AUGAUAGACCCUGAAGAUAGAUUCUUUUCUGAGGGCCAGGGCUACUUUGGCCCUCGAGACAACCCGAUCACCGAAACUCACUGCAACGUUUGGGAUUGGGAUCAAUUGCGGAUGGUCAAGGUCAAAGGGACCGCUAAGCUCUUUCCACCUGAAGAGGAUAUUGAGAUCUCAGUCUUUGCUCAAUUCGCCGAUCUUCUGUCGCCGGAAGUUCGCGCGAUUACAGUCAACAACGAUGGACUUCUGACUGGAGUUUCGACUGAUCCGGAAGAGGACGACACUAUAUUUAUUGGAUAUCUUCCUUUCUCGGCUGUUGAAUCACUCGCCGAUUCUCCCACAAUCCAAUACUCUAAACUCCAAGAGAUCGAUCGGCUUGGGCCAGGUGUUGAUCUUUUAUCAUACGAAGACGAAUCCGGAAAUCCUCACAAAGUUGCAUUCAAAUUCAACCCACUGGGAAAGCCUCUAAGACUGCAUAUGGCCUGGAAUGAACUCAAUCUUCUUAAAAGCCUGCCCCCGCAUCCCAAUUUGAUACCUUUUGAUCGUGUUGUUCUCGAAGAUGUGGAGUCCCGGGUGAUUGGAUUCACAACCAAAUAUAUCCCAGGUGGUACUCUCGCCAAUCCAAAGGUCCCUUUCCGGUUUGAGUGGCUGCAGCAGCUUACUGAACUCGUCAAUUUCCUCAACUUGGAACUGGGCAUUAUGCAUCAAGAUAUUGCACCACGGAAUCUGCUCCUCGAUCCUGAUACCCAAAAGAUCAUUCUUUUUGAUUUUGACUGGGCCGCCCAUGGAAAGAACCGCUUGAUGAAUAACCGAGACGACGUAACUGGUGUCGUAUUCACCCUCUACGAGAUUAUCACAAACGACACACACUUCACGAGCAUUCCACACUGGGAUCGUACUAUAAAUAUGGUACAGGAUAUCUCUGAAUGGGCAUGCAACCGCGAACUGGACUCCGAUGUAUCGAAGUUCCGCAGCUUUUUAAACGAAUGGGUGGCAACGCGAAAAUCAGACAGGGACAUGGAACGAUACCUCAAUGCACCCAGCCAACUCACAUGGCCAAGCCUACCAGAACCGCCCGACUAUAGUGUGCCUUUCGAACAUGGAACAGACGAGCAUGGGCAAACGAAUUGGGUAACGGGCAUGCGAGAAAGAUGCACUGCACUCGAGAAGGGGCAGUAUUGCUUUCGCUGGGAGAGGUCACCCCAAAGAAGGUUGUUGAAACCGACCGAAAAGGAUAGUAAACAGGUUUAA